AAUCAUGGACCCCGGGACAGUAGAACACUAUAGAAAAAUUUCCCAGUAAAGAGAGAGAAUUGUUAGUGGAAAAGUCGGUGAGGCGAAUCAGGUAAAGGUAGCAGCGUGUAAAAUAAAGUCGCAAGCACUGUCAAUUAUUUAAUACCAGGGAGGUGACGACUUUGCAUACUUUGGCACUUAGGUAAAUAUUUGUGAUUUGCUGCCUUGUGACAUUCACGGGAUUGGCAACAAAGAUGUCAGUAUUGAAUCAAAGCGGUGAAGAUGCAGUGGAAUGUCCCUUGUGUAUGGAACCACUAGAAGUGGAUGACUUGAACUUCUUCCCCUGUACCUGUGGGUAUCAAAUAUGCCGUUUUUGUUGGCACAGAAUUCGUACCGAUGAGAACGGAUUAUGUCCCGCAUGUCGAAAGGCCUAUUCUGAAAAUCCGGCUGACUUUAAACCCCUUUCCAAGGAAGAAAUUGCAAGAUUGAAAGCUGAAAAGAGAUUGAAGGAUCAACAACGGAAGCAGAGAGUUACAGAAAAUCGGAAACAUCUAGCAAAUGUGAGAGUAGUACAAAAAAAUUUAGUGUUUGUAGUAGGAUUACCAAUGCGAUUGGCAGAUGCGGAUGUUUUAAAGAAACACGAAUAUUUUGGAAAAUUUGGGAAGAUACACAAAGUCGUAAUUAACCAGAGUACUUCCUAUGCAGGGUCUCAAGGUCCCAGUGCUUCGGCUUAUGUUACUUAUCAACGUCAAGAGGAUGCGCUCCGUGCUAUAGAGGCUGUGAAUAACAUUGUUGUGGACGGACGGACAAUAAAAACAUCAUUGGGAACGACCAAGUACUGUUCGCAUUUCAUGCGUAACCAAGGCUGUCCGAAGCCGGAUUGCAUGUACCUGCACGAUCUUGGGGACCAGGAGGCGUCGUUUACUAAGGAAGAGAUGCAUCAAGGGAAACAUCAGGAGUACGAGCGCAAGCUUGUGCAAUCGUUACAUGCACAUGCAUCUUCGGUGCAGCGGAAACCGACACCAUCACCACCUGUAACAGGCAGUAUUGUUAGGGAAACUGGAACAGUAAAUUCACAAACUAAAGAGGCGUGGCCUUCGUUGCAACCGGGGCAGGCAAAUAGCACACAAACUAAUUGUAAAGAAGUAUCGCCACCUGCGCAAACAACAUCACAACUCAACAACGUAACGAGCGGAAACGGCACGGUAAUUCAACAAAGUCAUAUAUCCUCUGGAGUGCCCACGAAUCAGCAGAACAACAACAAUAAAGGUGAAAGUGGUGUGGGUGUACGGCGAGGUAAAAGUAACAGCGAAAGUAAGGCGCAGGCAGCUCGGAAUAAACAUAAAAAUAGUCAAAAUAAGGAAAAACAUGGUGCUCGUACAACGUCGCGGUCCGAAUCGAGUUCAGUCAACGCGCAAAGUAAUUCACAGUCACAAAUUACCGGGCAAAAGGACGUUAGAAACUUUACCGCUGAUACAAACAGUGAAAUGUUGCAAAAAUUGGGCAACAAGUGCAAAAUAGAACAGCAGCAGCAGCAACUACAGCCACAACAAACUAGCAAAACAUCAAAAUUAGUUCAAUCGCAAUCUCACGAAGUUAAGGUAAACGGUGCGUUACAAAACGGGGAGCGUCGGCAUUCGGACAGUGAAACGGAUCAACAGCGGGAAGGUAGCACGCCAGCAAGUACAAUCUCAAGUACAGAAGACUCGAAUGUAAAUCACCAAGCUGAACACUUAGCUGAAUCGAGUGAGGAAAACAAUGGUGCUGUUCUUUUGGGUUCAUCUCCAGCUAGCACAAAUUCAUCGCAAGGUGCCAAUCAACCACCACCACCGGGAUUACACAACGGAUCUCAAAUGCAACUCAACCAUCGGUCGAUCUUUCAGGCGGACAAUAAUAGUUUCUUCAGUUCCAACACUUUUCAGAAAAUAUCAACCACCACAUCAAUGCCACCUAAUUCACUCGCAGCAAAUGCAAAUCUGGAUUGGACGGGCACAGGAGUGGCUACAAUACCUGAUUCCUUACCGUCAGUUCAUUCUAGCGAAGAUUGGCAAGCGGCUUUUGGCUUUCAACCCGAAUCUUCUCGAACGAAUCACAUUAUACCAAAAUCCAGUCCUUCUGAUUCGCCGAGGGUGACAUUCAAUGAGAAUUUUGUAGACGCAGACGUUUACGUGAAUGUACCGUAUACCACUACACUCACAGAAUCAUCAUCUGGUACCUUUACGUCCAAUUUACUUGUAAAUUCACCCACAUCCAAGUUUAUGGCAGACUUUCAGCAACAAAAUUCACUGCAACAAAGGCUUCAUAUGCAGGCGCAGCAAAAUCAAGAGAAAUGUGAAUACAUAAAGCAGAAUGGUCACGCUACUCUGGAAGAAGUUCGGAAUCACCGUGAAUCAGGCUCAGACGUGAAGGCAGACGACGAUUUAGGUUUCGAUCCUUUCCACGAAACGCAAAAAGCUUUAGCCGAACUUAUGGAAGACGAAUUGCAGAUGCAACAGAAGAGGUUAUUCGAGCAACAGCAGAGAGAACGAGAGGAGCAAAAUAGGCAGCAUCAGCAUAUCGCGAACCUUACCCAACAACACUUUCCGCAAGUACACAUAGCACACUUGCAGCAAGCUCAACAUUUGCAAAAUCUGCAAGUGCUUCAGUCGCAUUCCCUCUUGUCUCGUCUUCCACAGAAUCUGUUACAAAGCGGCGCGCAGAGUCCUGCUCAGGGCGCUGUGACGGCUACCAAUUUAGGACAACGUAGUCGCCUUCCGCCACCGGGUUUUCUUGGUUCCACGCCAAAUCAUAUGAAUUCAUUCGGUCUCGGUAUACCACGACCAGCACCAACGAAUAGCGCCCUCUCCGGAACUCAGCCAUCUCAACAGAGCGCGUAUCUUCCUAACGGAAGCCCACUUCUCAACACACAAAAUAUCGGCAAAUGUGCGGGUGACACCGUCUAUACUCUGAAGGAUUGGUGUGAAAUUAACAAUCAGCAGCAACAGCAGCAAUUCCACCAUCAAGCAUUGCAUCAGAAGGGAGGAUGGAACAAUUUCGGACCUAUCGCGGAUUGGACUUCGAUCGAUCCUGCUAUAGUUACGUCGUCUAGACCUCUUCCAUUCCAAACUACCAGCACAUGGCAGUUUAACCACAUUCAUCCUUCUCAUCCUGUCACACAUAAUGCGCAACAGGAGCAGAAUGCACCUGCUCAGCAUUGGGCGAUGCAACCACCUCCUGGCUUUGCUGCACCGACGACCACAGGACAACUGAGUAAUCCACAGCCGAGCACAACCGCACAGCCGCACACUAAACUCAUCUCCGCAGGAUCUGAAAUCGAAAACCUAUAAAUUUUAUGCGAGAUGAACGAGUCGAGGCUUCGUAAUGUUUCCGGAGAUGGCAAGAUCAAAUCCAGCAAUUGAAAGAAAAAAAAAAACGACAGUUGAUAACGUAUGUUUUCCUAACACUUCUAUAUCUCAACGUUUUAUUUCAAAGCUCCAUUUAUUUGUGCGAAUAUCUAUUCGAAUAAAAUAUCGGAAUAAUAAUAUAUUGUUGAUGCGAAUUCUUCGAUGUACACGAAGAUUGUAAUACACAUUUUCUUCACGAUA